ACCAUCAUGGCGGAAGCAUCUCUUUUUUAGUACUCACUAUUUUGGUAGAGAAGUUACUUCUUGUACUACGUUCUGUCGACACUGUUGCGGCUUUUACCGACUCGUGAGUGUCUAUAAUCACACCAAGCACACCUAGGAUAGGAGGGGGUUAAAGUGGCAGGCAGAGCCAUGGCGUCCCCGAUCGAGGUCGAUGACCCCAGCAUCGUGUCCGCCCGUCCCCGCGCCCGGCCGCAGAUCAACCCCGGCGCCACCGAGAAACUCCAGCAGGACCUGAAACGGAUGGUACAGACCGAGCAACAGCCCAAGUUCAACGGACCAAUCAGGGACAAGAAGCAGGGCGACAGAUUGGCCGACUCGUGGCGCGGCGGCAGCGGUGGUGGCAGGAAAUCGUGGAAGAAGCACCAGCACAAGCUGGCUCGCGGGGAAAGAUUAGAACAGGAAGGGAGGGUGGAUGGUACAUGGGAUGGGCUGCAGGGUUCUCCCCAGUUUACUGACAAGCUCAGGGACAAGACUGGGAGGGACAGGCUAACAUCCGCUGGGGGAAACGGAUCCAACAGACAAGUCCAGUCCAACGAGGGCAAGUUAAGCAUUACAGUCGACAACACUGCAACGCCACCUAGCGGCCAGUAUGCCAUACUGCAGAGGGGACGUACCAACCAGAGUAGUGGGAAGCCUAGCACCCCUGGGACAACCGACACAGAUGGUACAGCCCAGCGACCUUUGACACAGCAAGGAGCAGACCAAUCAGAACGCAAGAAGGCCAAAAAGGGACAGACCAAAAACAGAAGGAAAAAAGUCGCCAACGCAGGUGACAAACAAGGAAACAAGGAUGAACCGCCAGGAAAAGAUGGAGAGACAGCGCCCGAAGACAUCAUCCCAGAGGCCACUUCUCCCGAACUCAUCAAACUAGAGAAAGAGUUGGAGAAGGAGUAUAUCUUCAGACUGAAGAAGCGUUCUGCAGCCUUCCCCUCGGCCAAGUAUUUCUGCCGGCUGUGCCAGUACCACUGUGAUACCCCCGCCGUGUGCCAGCGCCACAUCAAGGAGAGCAAAUCACACAGGAGCAGGAUACAGGGAAAACGAGCCAAUGAGGAGCUGCGUAAGAUCCCCAAGCCCACGGCGGCCCAAGUCGGUGCCCUGACAGCGCUCCUGGAGAGGGUAGAGAAGGAGCAGGGUCUGAUGACAGCAGACAUGACAGCACGACAUCAGCUGUCAGACAGGGUGGAGGCUGUCAUACAGAAAACCCUGCCUGACUGUAAGAUCCAGCUGUAUGGGUCCUCCCUGAGUGGCUUUGCCCUGAAGACCAGUAACGUCAACCUGGAUGUGUCUGUGCCCAAGGAGGCCAACCCUUCUGAGAUUCUUGCCAAAGUAGAACAGAUAUUAGCAAAAGAAGAGUCCUUUGCAGAUGUAGAGUCCAACUUUUCGGCCAAGAUUCCUUGCAUUUCAUUCAAGGACAGAGAAAGUGGGUUACAGUGUAUCCUCAGUACUGGGAAUGAUGCUGCCAUCUCCACCUGUAAGCUCCUGGCCACCUACGCACGGAUAGACCACCGUGUCCGAACUCUGGGCCUGGCCUUCAGAUACUGGGCCAGGGUGUGUCACCUGGACUGUCAGAGUGAGGGCAGCAUGCCUCCACAUGCCUACAUCAUCAUGACGGUGUACUUCCUCCAGAAACACCAGCCUCCACUGCUGCCAGUUCUACAUGAGGCUAUCCCUGACAGUAUCCACCAUACAACAGUCAUAGAACGAGAUGGCAAAGUACUCAUACCCAGGGUGGAGAAAAACUCAGAACCGGUUGACGUGACAUCGUACCGGCAGACCCCGGGGCGUGUGGGCGCCCUGUGGCUGGAGCUGCUGCGGUACUACAGCGUGGACGUGGAGCUGGAGGACGUGGUCAUCUCCAUACGGAAGAGCAGCGCCAUCACCCGCUCCGAGAAGAAGUGGCCGCACCGCAGGAUGGCUGUGGAAGAUCCCUUCUCCACCAAGAGGAACACAGCCAAGUCCCUGAACAGUCCAUCUGUGUUUGACUUCCUGACUGAGCGGCUCAAACAGGCCUACAUGUACUUUGGUGUGAGGAAACCAGCCAGCGGGGCAAAUCAGGAAGACAGAGGAAGCAUAGAGAACGGGAAGAGCGAGGAACAAGAUAACACCAAGCUGAACCAGGCCAGUACUGCUGGUGGUUCCGAGUCAGAAGCAGAGAAAUCUGGCCAGAAUUUCAACUUCAACUAUGACUUGGACCAUCAAGUAGACAGUGAUGAUGGUAUGUCUUCUGAUAACGUGUUGUGA